UUCAAACAAGUGGACGGCACAAAAAUGUUCCAGCUGUAAUAUUACACAGGACUCAUUACUACACUAUCAGUCAAUAAGGGAUCGUCUUCCAGGCCGAAGCAUGCCCAUCCUUAAGAACCUCCCGGCUCGGCUGAAGGGGAGCAAGAUAAACUUGGAUUCGGAGAACACUCAUAGUGAGCUAAUUCUUCGUAAAAUGAGCCUCAACCACAACCCGUUCGAGCAGAAUGGCUCAGAUGAAGAGUGGGCUAAGAACAAUGGUGGCUCACUCCUGGACGGUGACGCACCCAGAGACAGGAACCCAUUUGAUGAUGAGGAGGAUGAAAACGAAGCUAAUGAAGUAAGGCGUGGAAGCUCAAGAAAGAGUGGUUCUAUCAAAGGAACACUGGACCGUAUCAAAGGUGCGUCCCCGCUCAAGACCCUGGGCAAGCUGGGCAAGGGCCUGCGCAUGUCGGGCAGAAGUAAGGGCAGCCCCACUCCUUCUCCACAGGGAUCAGUUGGUUACCCUUCACCUAUGGAGAAGAAGAAGAAGGGCAGACGGAGUUCAGAAGGGAGUCUUUUAAGAUUUGCUGGCAAAUACAGAGAGAGCCUCCGUAAAGAAAGUUUGCCCAAUGGAGACUUGUGCUCAGAGAGCGAUGCUGAUUCAACCAGCCGCAGACUUUCCUUACUAAAGAUCGUCAGUAGGGGCAAGCAAAAAAGGGAGUCCUUGGGCAACUGCUCAGGGUCACCUGGGGCUGAGGAAGAGCCAGUUGAGGAAGUCCCAGAAGUCAAACCUAGGGAGCCACUCUCAGUACUGGAGAUCCUGCAGCUGGUUACCAAGCGAGACUUGUUCCUGGCAGACACCCACAUUCUUGAGUUAGAACAGGAGUGUAUGGAGGUAUCCACCCCACCAGCAGGAGCUGCUGAAGACCUCACCAGCCCUAGCAGCAAAGACAGCAGUCGGCGCAAAGCCAAGGACGUCGAGCUGUUGUACGAGGCCCUGCAGAAGGAGCUAUGGAACGUGGUCCGGGAGUCCCUGCGCACUCCCACUGCCGGGCCUAAUCUAGGCCUGGUGGUUCAGGUUCUCCAGCAGGAGGAGCAAGCUGACCGGGACUGGGCCAUGAAGGAAAGCUUUGUCCCGGGAGGACCACGGCCCAGGGAGCUGAGAAAGCGCUGGAAGGAGGCUGUAACUGAAGCUGCUGAUGAGAAUCUUCCCAAGACUGACAUGAUGCUGGCAGGUGAGCUCGCGGCAUACCUGGACAAGUUGAGGAUCCGCAUGGUGGAGGAUCUGGGUGCAGCACGUCGGAACGUGGUGUCCGUGUAUCCCGCUGAUUACGACGCCUUUCAGGUGUACGCACACAGCUACCACUUGGCAGUGACUCGCCGACUGCAGAACAUCACUAGUGGAGAAUUGCAGAUUUCAGACAUCUACGCACUUUUAGACUGGCUCUACAACAUCUACGAUAGGGACGUCCUUGGAACAGUGAGCAUAACCUCACCCAUCAACCGCUCUCUGCUCGGCCCACUACUGCCAACAGAGAUGGUGGAGAAGCUCGAGCUGGAUUGUCUCAAUUAUGUCAGGGGGAGAGUAACCAGUGAACUCUCUCAGGUGUUGGAUGAGGAAGAGAAGAGAUGGUUAGAAACGCUGCACAUCGAGGAGUAUCAGAUUUCACUCGCCAAUGCAGUUAUUCAGAGGACACAGGGGGAUCUUGAACGAUCUGCAAAAAUAAACCGAGGUCUGGGCUCACGAGUAGCACAGUGCAGUCUUAAUGGACUUGCAGACUUUUUAUACAGUUUUCAAAGAAAGGUAGAGAUGUUCCAUGAAGAGCUUGUUAAUGCUUUUGGGGAAAAUGAAGAUGGCUAUGUUUCCAAGACCAUCGCUUUAGCCAACUGCUGUCCACCUUUCAGGGGUUUCAUAAGACGUUGUGUACAGUGUGACCCCGCUGUGAGUGAAGACUCUGCUCGCAGAGCUAACAAGGCCCUGGAUAGGAUUGUUAACCUGAGUGUUAAAGUGCUGAAUGACAGAAUAUUUGAACACAUCCGGCCAUUCUUUGAUAAACUGGUGAAGCGGAAAUGGCUGAGCAACACUGAGGCUUUCGACCAGAUCAUUUCCCUCAUCAAGGAACACUUCAAGAAGUUCAGGAGGAUGGACAGCCCACCAUAUCAGAUCCUGGUGGGAGAGGUCCAUCGGCGAGUGAUGACUGAAUAUAUUCGUGCCAUCAUGAGGGGCCGAAUCAUCUGCACGUCACUUAAAAUGAGGAAGAGGAUGGCAGGCCGUCUCCGUGAGGAGGGAAAGCAGCUUAAAACACUCUUUAAAGAGCUGGAGUCCUCAGCUUCAUGGCUAGACAGUGCUAUUCCUCACAUAUCGGAGAUCAUCCUGUUGGAGGACAUACCCUCAAUCCAAAUGGAGGUUGCCAUCCUUGUCCGGGAAUUCCCCGAUGUACGGAAAAAGCAUGUAUCUGCCAUCCUGAACAUCCGUGGAAUGACUCGCCAGGCCGAGAGACAGGAGAUUCUCAACAUUGUGAAAGACAUUGAGAACAGCGACAGCCUCUCUCAGCUUCCUCGAGACCAAGCUCUGUUCGCCGACGUGCCCGUGACAUCUGAGGUUCACUGCCUGAACAUGGGCCUGAGCCGCAUCGCCCUUACCGCCUCUUCCUUUUUUUCCAGUUUCAGGGGCCGCCGACAGAGGAGGACCUCGACCAGGGAAAUCCAGGAUGACAUGCUGUAACAGAUUUUUAAAAUAGACUAAACUGGCUUAGUGAACUUUAUAAAACUGGGGUAGAGCAAUGAGCAGUGUUCAAAUGAAAAACCUGUGUCAUACACAAGGACGUUUGUCUAUAAUUAAAAAAAAAUGUCUGAGCUGAAAUAAGGGCUGUACACCGAUCAGCCAUAACAUUAAAACCACCUCCUUGUUUCUACAGUCAUUGUCCAUUUUAUCAGCUCCAUUUACCAUGUAGGAGCACUUUGUAGUUCUACAAUUACUGACUGUAGUCCAUCUGUUUCUCUGCAUGCUUUGUUAGCCCCCUUUCAUGCUUUUCUUUAAUGGUCAGGACCCCCAC